UGCUCUUGUCGUAGAUUAUCAUCUCCUGGUCGACAAAUUCUGUGCUUUCUGGAGGAUACCAUAAAGUGGUCCUAAUUCCCUUUCCACCAUGUCAUCAUUAUUCGGCGCUACUACCAACACAACCACGCCGGCCGGAGGGAAUCUUUUCGGGUCGAAUAAUCAGCAGCAACCAGCAGCAACAGGUGGUGGACUUUUUGGAAGCAAUUCUACCCAGACACAGACUGCCACUCCCUCACUGUUCGGUACUGGUAGCGGCGCCUUUGGCCAAAGUACCGCCUCCAACACGAACACUGGCUCCUCGACGUUUGGAAAUACUGCCGCGCAGCCGCAAACCAACCAAAAUAGUGCCUUCUCUUUGAAACCCAGCGUGUUUGGUCAGACGGGGACUGGGACAACCGCAUCGCAACCUGCCCAGUCAACGAGCAGUUUCUUCUCGACACCACCGGCCGGGCAGCAGAACCAACAAAAUCAGCAAGCCAAGCCAAAUUUAUUCAACUCAACAAACCCUCUUUUCGGUGGCACCAGCACGUCAACGGGAACCACAAAUCCACUGUUUGGAUCGUCCACUACGACUGCCAAUACCAAUCCUACAACAUCCAACACAAACCCUCUCUUUGGCUCAACAUCAACCAACACAACUACUCAAAAUCCUCUUUUUGGUUCCACGGCGAACACCAACACCGCAAAUCCCACGUUUGGCCCAUCGAAUACCAACCCAGCGCCUACAACUAACACCAAUAUCUUCGGUACUACGUCGACGUCUGCUAACCCCAUGUUUGGCUCAUCUACAAACACGACAUUGGGCAAUAGCGCCUUUGGCACAAGCGCUCUUGGUGGGAGCACCCUCGGAACCAGCGCAUUUGGUGCACAACCUCAGCAGCAGUCAACCCUAGGUGCCAACAGUCUCCUUAAAAGCACAGCCCCUGCUUCCCAACAACAACAAGUCGACGCACAAGCGCAAUUCGCCAAACUAUCACAAAAGAUCGAGUUGAUAGCCAAUGCGUGGAACCCGAGCUCGCCUCAGUGUCGCUUCCAGCAUUAUUUCUACAACCUCGUCGAGCCCAAUCAAGUCAGCAUGUAUGGACGUCCAUCGAACGCCACCAAUGAGGUGUUGUGGCAAAGAGCUAUCCAAGAAAACCCUGAUCCAUCUUGUCUGGUGCCAGUCAUUGCUAACGGAUUUGACGAUCUACGCCAGCGCGUCGAUGGCCAAACAGAUCAAGCUACAGCACAGAAGGCCAACGUCAAGGACCUACAAAAGCGCCUCGCCGAUCUCUCGACUCAGCAUGUCACUAACACCGUCUCCCGUCUUGCACGAUUCUCACAAACCCAAAUUCAGCUUGCGCAGCGGAUAAUGGCACUGGCACAGCAUCUACACCUCCUCAUUCCGACUGUACGGUCAUCCGCGAUACGGCCGGAGGAAGAAGAGCUGUUCGCCAAGAUAGAAUCAAUGGAGGAGGAAGUAAGGGGAGGGAAAGGAAAGAUGAAAGCCAAGCUUGACGAGCUAUGGGCGGUAUUCAGUGCUCUGAAAGCAAGAGAAGAGGGAAUUCGGGAGCGAAGGACUUCUGGUGACUGGAAGGUCGUUGAUGAGGAAGGGCUGGCAAGGAUUGCUCAGAUUCUGUCGGAGCAACAGACUGGUCUAGCAUAUCUCACGAAGAUCUUGCAGAAGGAUCUGAAAGACCUUGGCAUCAUCAUGGGAACGGGACUGACUACUACUGCAGGAGAUGUCUCGAUGGAAGGCGAGAGUUUAUGGACGUCAACUAGUACCCUGAGAGCAAGCGCACUGCGCUAAUUAUUCUUGCUGCUUUUAAUUUAUUCUUGUGGUUUUCUUGUAAAGUCAUAAAGGAAGGAAUACAUGCCCAUCUAUGUAGAAACUAUAUACAGCC